GGGAGGCGCAGAAACGACCAGCGAAAGGGGAGAAGGCAGACAGGGGAAAGAGGCGGCGCCGGGACGGGACCAGGCGAGCGGCAAAAGGGAGCCAGAGGCAGCAAAAGGAACGACGGCAGACACAGGGCCAGCCGGCGAGGGGGGGGAGCGAAGAAAAGCACGCAGCCCAGCACGGGCAGAGGCGGAGGGCAGGAGGAGCGCGAGAAGGACCACAGGGAGCCAAGGAACGGAGGAAGAGCGAAGGAACCAAAACGGAGAGAGGGAGCCAGGCGCGGGAGCGCCGAAGACGGCGGGCACGGAGACAGGCAGGGCGGAAGCGGGAGACAAGCAGAGAACGACGGCAGGAGCAACCAGGGAGCGGCAGGCAGAGGAAAGACGGGCGCGGGCGGGGCGAGGGCGAGGCGGGGGACACACGGAGACCGGCCGCGCGCGAGAGCGAGACGGACGAGAAAGCCGCAGGCCCGCGCGGCGACGGAGGAACGCAGACGCGGGACGGGCGAGCGCGGAGAAGAAGGGAGACGAAGAGGGGGGCGACGACGACGACGACGACGACGACGACGCCGAGAAGGGGACAAGAGAAGGAAAAAACCCCGAGGGGGAACGGGCGGAGCGAGACACGAGGGCAGGCACGGAAGAAGAAGCGCGGGAACAGAAGAAAAGACGGCAAACAACGAGGAAGGGCCCGGAGGGACAGAGGCCGGAGGCACGAGAGGCAGGGGAGGGAGAGAGGAAGCAGAGAAGAAGGCGGAGAGAGAACAAGACGAGGGACACAAAAAGAAAGAAGCGGGAGGAACGCGCGAAAGAGGCACAGGAGCGGAGCCGGGCGCGGGGAAGCGAGCACGGCACGAGGAAAGGCAGAGGGAGAACAGGGAACCGGGAACGAAGCGGAACGGGGGACGAACCGACGGGCCACACAGGGGAAGGGACACAAACGCACAACACACACAGGACGACACACGACAGACGAAGAGAGAAGAGACACGAAGAGAGAGAGAAGAAGAGGAGGGGGGAGCAGCGCAGAAGAAGAGGACGACAGGGGGGGGCGGCCAGGGGCGGGCGGAGACGACAGGCAGCGACGGAACGGGAAACACACGAACAGAAGAAGGGGCGCGGGGCAACGGGAAGGCGCGGAAAGCGGCGCACGCGCACGCGCACAACAGCAGACGGGCGCGCAGCGGCGCGCGCCGCAGGACAGGGGGCAAACGGAAACGGAGAGAGGAGCGGAGGAGAAAGACGGGAGACGAGGAGAGAGCCACGGACCAAGCGACCGAGGGAACGGAAAAGGGGCGAGAGCAGCAGAGCAGGGAGCGGCGGGGGGGCAGGCAAACACGACCGACCCGCGAGGGGAGGGAAAGCCGACAGGGGAGACCGAGCCCCCGCCCCGACCCGCCCCCCGCCGCGCCGCCCCCACCCACCCAGAGAGGGGAGGGAAGAGGGGGAGAGGGGGGCCGCCAGCAACCGGAAGAACGAACAGCGACCACCACAAAAGAACCGGAGGCGCGGCAGAGCGGGGGGGGGGCCGGGGGGGGGGGGCCGGGGGGGGCGAGGGCAACGACGGGGGAGGGGGGAGGCGGCAGGGGGGGGGGGACACAGACGCCGAGGAAGGCAGGAACGCAAGCACCCCCCCCCCCCCCCCCCGCGCGAGCGCGCGGGCCGGCGGGGGGCGGGGGACGACGACGACGACGACGACGACGACGAGGAGGAGGACGAGAAGACAGAGAGGGAGGCAGAGGGAGAGAGGCGGGGAAGACGCGAAGAGCACCCACCAGGAGAGAGGGGGGGGCAGGAGAGGGAGGAGGGAGGGAGGGACCGAGGAGGGAGGGCGGGCGAGGGGGGGCGCGCGCGCAAGCGGCGGGGCACAGCGGGCCCGGGCCGGCGGGGGGAGAGGGACGAAGGGAGAGGGCGAGGAGGGCGGGGAGCGGGCGGGGGGGGAGGCGGGGGGACAGCGACAGAGCGAGGAAGAGAGGGGCGGAGCGCGGGCGGGGGCGGGGGGAGGAGGGAGAGGACGAGCGAGAGGACAGGAGGAACGGCGAAGAGACGGCAGGGAGAAGCGAGGGAAACGGCAGGGGAGCGAGAGAAAGAGGAGGGGGAAAGGGCGAGGGGCGGGACCGGGCGGGGAGGAAGGGGGGACCCGGGACCGGGCGGGGAGGAAAGGGACGAGGGAAGAGGCGCAAGCGCAGCGCAAGGGGGCGCGGGGAAAAAGACGGGGGGAGAGGGGAAAAGGGAGGGGGGGAAGCAGAGGGGAGAGCGGGAGGGGACCGGGCGGGGAGGAAGGAAAGAGGAAGGAAGAAAACGAAAACGCGACAGAACAGCGGCCGGCGGCGCACACGGGGCGGGAGGGGGGGGGGGGACAGGAGCAGCGGCCGCGGACGAAGCACCGGGCGGAGGGCGGAGGCGCAACAGAGCGCAGCACGACGCGGCGCGACCGAGCACAACACCCCGCCAGGAACGGAAGGCGGCGACAGACGAGGCCGAGCCCCGACAGCGAACGGAGGGAAAGGCGGACCGGCGGAGCCGGGAGGCACGCGGGAAACGGACAGCAGCGAGCGCCGCGAGCCAAAGGGGCGGCGACGGCGCACCGCACGGGGGGAAGCGCGACGAGGAAAGGCACAGGGGGAGAGCCGCCCGACGCGCGGGGCGCCACAGGGAGCAGAGCCGGGCCGGAGGCGGCGAGGCGGGCGGCGGCCGGAGAGGCGGGCAGGCAGAAGCCCGCGGAGGGGAGCGGCGCACCACCGGCCGCGCGGCCGAGGGCAGGAACCAAAGGGCCGAAACGGCGGGGCCGCGCGGACGGAGCAGGAGGACGAGCGCAACGACAAGCCAGCAGGAGGGGAAAACGAACCGGGCGCACGACGGGCGAAACCCAGCGCACGGGCCCGGGGAGGGGGAACAAGCCAACGCGGGGCGAAGGGGGCGGCGCAAGGAGAGGAAGAGCCGACAGCGAAGGAGCAAAAAGCAACGGCGCGAGGAACGCGGGGCGGCCACAAGCCAGGGAGCCCGGGGGAACGGGCGGGCACCGCGGGCGAAAAACGCGGGAGACGAAAGGAGCGAGAGGCCGGGCGGGCGCAGGCCCGAGGCGGACGGAACAGCGGGAGCAAGCCAGCGGGGGCCCGGGGCGCCACGCGAGGGGCGGGCCGCGCGGAGCGGGCCGGAGGACACCGGCGGGAGGCGGGGACAGAGGGACCGCCCCAGGCAAACGACCCGCCGGGCAGGGGCCGCGAACCGGAGCACGCGGGAGGGGACGGCGACGAGCGGGGCCGCCACGGCGCCACGCGGCACGCGGGGAACGAAACACCGGGCGCCCGCCGAGGAACAGCGACCGCGCACCGCGGCCGCCCAACCGAGGAAGGAAGGAAACAAGGAAAGGAGGGGGGGCAGCGACGAGCGCGCGAACGAGCGCCCACGGAGGCGACACCGCGCAGGGCGCCGGACAAGGCCAGACGAGAGGCAAGCGCAACAGGGGCGGCGGGCCCCGCGGAGGCGCCCAAGCCCGGGCCCGGGGCGGGGGGGCGCGAGAGAGGAGAGAGGGACAGGGGGAAGCGCGGGAAGCCAGGCAGGCGCGGCACGAAGGAGAGGACGAGGCAGGGGGCGACCGGAAGAGAGGCAGAGGGACGCCCGCCGGGACCCGCGCGGGCGGGAAGGGCGGCACGGGGACAGGCAGAGCACGGGGCAGAAAGCACAGGGCGGCAACACCCGCGAGGGCCAGCGCAAGGCGGGGGGAAGGAGACAGGCGGAGGCCCCGGGGCCGGGCCAGGGCGGAGCGGACCGGGGAACGGCGGGCGGACAGAACCGCGCCGAGCGCGCACGAGGCGAGACCGACACGGCCGGACGGCGAGGAAGAGCCGCGGAAGGCCGGAACGCGGGGCCGGAGGCCGCCCGCGCGCCCCGAAAGACGCGAGAGCAGCGACCAGGCCCGGCACCGGCCGCAGCCGCGGCCCGGCCAAACCCGACACGCCCCGGGCCGCAGAGCCAAGCCGGAGGCCGAAGGACGGAGCCAAGGGCCGACGGCCCGGACCGACAGGAGGCGAGCGACGAGAGGCGCGGCACCGGGGAGACCGGCGGCGGAGAGGGGGACGAACCGGCGCGACAGCGCCACGGACAGCCCGCACCGGAAGGGGCAAGGGCCGCAGAGAGGAGCCGGACACCGCCGCAAAGGCGGGGCGCGGCGCGGGCCGAACCAGAGCGCCCGGCGAGAGGAGGCCAGGGAACGCGAACGCGCAGGCAGAAAAGAAAACGCGGCCCGGACCGCGCGGCGGCGGCGGCAGGCCACGGGGGGACCCCGGCGAACACGCGCGGGAAAAACGAGGGAACGAGGAGGGAAACGGGGCCGCGGCCGGGGCCGGAAGAGGAACCGGAGGCCCGGGCGCGCAAAGGGCGGAGGAGCAGAGAGACCAGAAGAAAAGGAGACAGGAGGGAAAAAAACACGCCACAGCGACAGAAGAGGGCGCCGGGAGCGGAGGAGCGACGGACGCGCGAGCAACGACGGGGCACGCGAAACCCGGCGCCACGGCAGGCCGCCAGGGCCGCGCGGGAGGAGGGCGACGACCACCAAGAGCGGCACCGACGGAGGCGCCAAGCGGGCGCACGCCCAGACCCGGCGGCGCGCGCCGCCGCGCACGGCCGACGCGGGACGGCGGAAGGACGGCACAAAGAACGGCGCACAGGCCCGGAACGGGAGGGGAGAGGCAAAACGCGGCAGCGCCAGCCAGGGCAGGGCGGGGGCGGCGGCAGGGGAGGCGGGGCACACGCCGGAGCGGAGGCCGACGGCCAGGGCCACCGGCCGGCGGGCAGGAGCGACCAACGCCGGGCAGGGGGCCCAGGAGCGGGGGGAGGCGCCGGAACACGACGGGGGGGCAGCCCACAGCGCCAGGGCGGCGGACCAAAAGGGGCCCACGGGGCACCGGCAGCAGAGCGCCGGCGGCAGCGGGCGAGGAAGCCGGAGGACGCACCCAGGGAAAGGGGGAGAAGAGGGGGAGGGCGGGGCGGCCCCAAGGCCGCGAAGCAGGCGCGGGACCGGAGGAGACGGGGCAAAGCGACGCCAGCGAGCCGGAGGGAAACGGCGGACGGAACCAGCGACGAGAGGGGGCGAGGAGGCGGGCGCCCCGAGACCCAGGGCCGACGAGCGAGGGGCACGGCAGAAGCGCGACGGGCCGCCAGCAGGGGGCCCCGGACGGCGACCGGACCAGGCAGAGGGCACCAGCGGGCGGGGCCCAGCAGGGAGGCGCAGAGCGCGCCGGCAGGCACGGAGGGGAAACGAGACGCCGCGGGAGGGCGAGAGAGCGACCGAGAGCGACGCGCCAGCCGCCCGGAGCACGCGGCGAGCGCGCGCCGGCACGGGCGGGGCGCCGGGCAGGGGAGGAGCGCAAGGACGCGCAGACAGGCGAGACGCCGGGGGCCGGGGGCAAGACGGGGCCGGCGAGGGCCCGAAACGGAAGCAGCGCAGACAGAGACGCGCACAGGCCGGGACAACACGGCGGCGACGACAGACGCGCCGCACCGACGGCCGCACGGGGGCGGAGACGGGGGAGACGACGGGGACGGGCGGCGGGCCGGACGCGGCGAAAACGCGGGCGCGAGGCGGCAGAACGACCGGCCGACGGCCGGGCGGCCACCGGCGCGGGCCCACGACCCCCGGGAAGGGGCAACGGGGCGCCCGGACGGCGCGGAGACCGACAGCGAACGGGGCGCGAGGGAGGGACGAAGAGAGAAGGGCACGCCGGCCCCGGACGGCGACGGACGCGACCCGGGCCAGCCGACCGAGAGCGGCGACAGCGAGGCGCGCGGCCGGACGCCGAGGAAGGACGAGGAAGCGCGCCGGGCGGGCAGGCGAGGGGCGCAGGGGACCCCGGAACGGGGCACGGACGCGGGAACGCGCGCGGCAAAGGGCGGGGCAACGGGCCCGCACGGGACGGGGCGCGAGCGGGCGCGCGGGAAGAGGGAGCCGGAGAGGGAGGGGACCACCCACGGAGGGCGGCACGCGCAAGCAACCCGACGCGAAGGAGAGGCCCGCGCGCCGCAAGCCGCCGGCGCGACGGGCCGGGCACCCGCGACGGGAAAACGGCCCCGGGCAAGACGAACGGGGACAGGAGCGAGCGCGACGAGAAAGCGGAACCGCCCGAACACCACAGCGCCCGCCGCCGGAACGACGGCGGGAGGCAGGGCGGGGCGGCGGGCCGGGGCGCGCGCCGCGACGAAGGAAAGCCGGGGGAGGGGCGGGCCGCCGCGGACGAAGAGGCGGAAAGGCGGCGGGGGAGCCGCCCGGAGCGGAGGCCAACGAGAAAAAAAGGAGGCAGACGCGAGAGCCGGCAGCGGGACGACGACGCAAGCGGACACGAGAAGAAAACGACGCGGGAACGGCGCGAGGAGAGGCGGAGGAACGACGACGGCGGCGAGGCGCGCGGCGGACGGCGAGGCCGCCGACGAGGAGCGCGAACGAGAGACGGACAGGGGGGAGGGCGAACACGGAGACAGGGAGACGAGGACCGGGAGCACCGCGACCCCCGCGGGGGAGGGAGACCGACCGAAGGGGCGCGAGCGCGCAGACGCAGCGCGACGAGACGGCGAGACGCAGGAGACGCGGACGCGCGAGCAGGGGACGGCCGGCGCGGAAAACGCAAAGACACGGCGGGAAAGGGGCAAGAGCGGCAGACACGGCGGGCGACAAAGGCCGAGCGAGCGGAGAGAGCGGGAGGGGGAACGGACCGGCGGGAACAACGGGCAACCCGAAAGAGCGAAGCGGAAACAGCGACGACACGGAGCAAGCGAAACGGACCGACGGAGGGCCGGCAAAGGCGCGGCGGGAGCGGAGCGGAGAGGGAGACGAGAGCAGAAGGCGCAAGGGGGCAGGGGACGGGAGACAGCCGGCCCGCAGACAGGAGGGGCCGGGAGGGGCGCCACGGACCGCAAGGGGCGGGCGAAAGGGCGAGGGGCAAAGGGGGCCGGCAGGGCACACGAGGACGCGCAGGGAACGGCGGGCGGCAGCGACCCGCGAGCCAAGGGAGCCACCGGCCAGGGGAAGAGGGGGACAAAAGGAGGACCCAGGGGACGAGAAAGAAAGAAGGGGGGGGGGAAGAGAGCGAAAAAAAAAAAAAAAAAAACAGGGACCCCCGGCGCGGAACACCGCGGAAGCGGCAACGAGAGAGAGGGAACGGGAACGAACGCGGAGCCACCGAAAGCGGAGAGGGGCGCACGGGGGGCGGAGGGAGGGGAAACCGGAGCGGAACGAAGCAGAAAACGCGCGAGGGGACGCGACGCGAGACGAACGACCGGCGCGCCCGGACAGGGAAGCCAGGGAACGCCGGGCGGGGCGGGCGCGGGGAAAAGGGCAGCGAGACGAGGGGAGAAAAGGGGCGACGAACGGGGAAGGAGGGGGAGAACAGGAAGGGGACAGCGGGGCGCGGACGCAGGGCACGGGAAAACGGGACAGCGGAAGGAGCCGGCCGCAGGGGCCCCGACGGAAACCGGGGACGACGGGACGGCCGCGAAAGGAGCAAGGGGGGCAACGGCCCAGCAACGCCGACGGCCGGGAAGCCACCGCGGGGCGGGCCGAAGACCGCACGAAAGCAGGCAAGCGGGAGGAGCGACGGGCGGGGGGGACAAAGGGCAGGGACGGAAGCAACGCGAGCGGAGGACGCGCGCGGACGAGGAAGGCCGCGGGAGGGGGGAGAAGGGCAAACCCCAAGCCCCAGCACGAAGGAGGGGCAGCGGGGGCCCGGGCCGCGAGGCCAGGGAGAACAGGCGGAGGCCGGCAGGGGAGCGCGCGGGCGGCCCAGGACAGCGAAGGGCAGCACAGACCGGGGAGGGCGCAAGCGCGGGCGGCGCGAAGCCGCCGGGCCCGCGAAGAAGAAGGGAAGACGGCGCCAGGGAGGGGCGGGACGCGGAGCCACGCACACCGAAAGGACGACGCCGAGGGAGCAGGCGAGAGGCGCGGGCGGGACCGGAAGGAACCAGACAAAGCGCGCCACCAACGAAGAACGGCCAGGCACCACCACCCACCGAAGCAAGAAAGAGCGGGGAAGCGGGCAAGCCGGCCGGGGGCCGGGCCGGGGGAGAGGGCCCGGGGGAGGCAAAGGAAGCCGCAGGCGCCACGCCGGGGGGGCCCGGCCGGCAAGGCCGGGAAGGGGCAGCGGGGCAACCAGACGCCCCCCGGAGGCCAAAAGCGGGGGGGCCCGGAAGCGGCCCGCCGAGCCAGGGGAGGAACGGCGGCGGAGCGCGAGAGGACAGAGGGACGGGGAGAACGAGGGCGGGAGCGAAGCGCCGGCGAACCGCGAACGGGCGGGCGGGAGGGAGGAAAACACCGGGGGCAAAGGCGGGCGCGGAGGGGCGGCGGGCGACGAGCCAAGAAGGGCACCGCGAACGGCGCAAGACGAAGGCCCCCAGGGAGCCCGAGGAAGCAGGACCGCGGAGGGCGGAAAACCAACAAAAGAGAACCGAGAGCAGAGGCGAGGAGGCCAGGCACGAAAGAGGCAAGCAGCAGGGGGAGCCCGCGGGGAGCACGCGAAGGGGGCAAAGGAAAAGGGGCGGCCCACCGCGACACGCACCGAAGAGCACCGCGAGAGGAGGGGAGAGGGAACCGGCGGAGGACCGCCGGCGCACCGACGAGAGGCGCCGCAGACGGGGCAGGAGCACCGCGGAGGCGGGGCACCGACAGCGCGGCGCACAAAGGCAACGACGAGCGGGGGAACCGCAACAAGGGGAGGAGACGCGAGGGGAGCGGGAAGGACCGCGGCGGCGGGCACCAGACGGGCCCGCCAAGGGGCCGCGGGAAAAGAGGGAAAGGGACGCAGGCCGAGGACGAGGCCGCGGAAGAGGCCCGGAGCGGGAGGGGGCGGCACGACCGCCCCGGGCCGGGAGGGGGGAAGGGGCGCGCCGGCGGCCGGCCGGGGAGGGGGAGCCGGGGCGCAGGCGCCCGCGCCGGAAGCGAACCCGGAGGCCCCGGGACCCGGGACAACCAGGGGAGGCGCAGAAACGACCAGCGAAAGGGGAGAAGGCAGACAGGGGAAAGAGGCGGCGCCGGGACGGGACCAGGCGAGCGGCAAAAGGGAGCCAGAGGCAGCAAAAGGAACGACGGCAGACACAGGGCCAGCCGGCGAGGGGGGGGAGCGAAGAAAAGCACGCAGCCCAGCACGGGGCAGAGGGCGGAGGGCAGGGAGGAGCGCGAGAAGGACCACAGGGAGCCAAGGAACGGAGGAAGAGCGAAGGAACCAAAACGGAGAGAGGGAGCCAGGCGCGGGAGCGCCGGAAGACGGCGGGCACGGAGACAGGCAGGGCGGAAGCGGGGAGACAAGCAGAGAACGACGGGCAGGAGCAACCAGGGAGCGGCAGGCAGAGGAAAGACGGGCGCGGGCGGGGCGAGGGGCGAGGGCGGGGGGACACACGGAGACCGGCCGCGCGCGAGAGCGAGACGGACGAGAAAGCCGCAGGCCCGCGCGGCGACGGAGGAACGCAGACGCGGGGACGGGCGAGCGCGGAGAAGAAGGGAGACGAAGAGGGGGGCGACGACGACGACGACGACGACGACGACGCCGAGAAGGGGACAAGAGAAGGAAAAAACCCCGAGGGGGAACGGGCGGAGCGAGACACGAGGGCAGGCACGGGAAGAAGAAGCGCGGGGAACAGAAGAAAAGACGGCAAACAACGAGGGAAGGGCCCGGAGGGACAGAGGCCGGAGGCACGAGAGGCAGGGGGAGGGAGAGAGGGAAGCAGAGAAGAAGGCGGAGAGAGAACAAGACGAGGGACACAAAAAGAAAGAAGCGGGAGGGAACGCGCGAAAGAGGCACAGGAGCGGAGCCGGGCGCGGGGGAAGCGAGCACGGCACGAGGAAAGGCAGAGGGAGAACAGGGGAACCGGGAACGAAGCGGAACGGGGGGACGAACCGACGGGCCACACAGGGGAAGGGACACAAACGCACAACACACACAGGACGACACACGGACAGACGAAGAGAGAGAGAGACACGGAGAGAGAGAGAGAGAAGAAGAGGGAGGGGGGGGAGCAGCGGCAGAAGAAGAGGACGACAGGGGGGGGCGGCCAGGGGGCGGGCGGAGACGACAGGCAGCGACGGAACGGGAAACACACGAACAGAAGAAGGGGCGCGGGGCAACGGGAAGGCGCGGAAAGCGGCGCACGCGCACGCGCACAACAGCAGACGGGCGCGCAGCGGCGCGCGCCGCAGGACAGGGGGGCAAACGGAAACGGAGAGAGGAGCGGAGGAGAAAGACGGGAGACGAGGAGAGAGCCACGGACCAAGCGACCGAGGGAACGGAAAAGGGGCGAGAGCAGCAGAGCAGGGAGCGGCGGGGGGGCAGGCAAACACGACCGACCCGCGAGGGGAGGGAAAGCCGACAGGGGAGACCGAGCCCCCGCCCCGACCCGCCCCCCGCCGCGCCGCCCCCACCCACCCAGAGAGGGGAGGGAAGAGGGGGAGAGGGGGGCCGCCAGCAACCGGAAGAACGAACAGCGACCACCACAAAAGAACCGGAGGCGCGGCAGAGCGGGGGGGGGGGCCGGGGGGGGGGGGGGGGGCCGGGGGGGGGCGAGGGCAACGACGGGGGAGGGGGGGAGGCGGCAGGGGGGGGGGGGACACAGACGCCGAGGAAGGCAGGAACGCAAGCACCCCCCCCCCCCCCCCCCGCGCGAGCGCGCGGGCCGGCGGGGGGCGGGGGACGACGACGACGACGACGACGACGACGAGGGAGGAGGGACGAGAAGACAGAGAGGGAGGCAGAGGGAGAGAGGCGGGGAAGACGCGAAGAGCACCCACCAGGAGAGAGGGGGGGCAGGGAGAGGGGAGGGAGGGAGGGAGGGACCGAGGAGGAGGGGCGGGCGAGGGGGGGCGCGCGCGCAAGCGGCGGGGCACAGCGGGCCCGGGCCGGCGGGGGGGAGAGGGACGAAGGGAGAGGGCGAGGGAGGGGCGGGGAGCGGGCGGGGGGGGAGGCGGGGGGACAGCGACAGAGCGAGGGAAGAGAGGGGCGGAGCGCGGGCGGGGGGCGGGGGGAGGAGGGAGAGGACGAGCGAGAGGGACAGGAGGAACGGCGAAGAGACGGCAGGGAGAAGCGAGGGAAACGGCAGGGGAGCGAGAGAAAGAGGAGGGGGGAAAGGGCGAGGGGCGGGACCGGGCGGGGAGGAAGGGGGGACCCGGGACCGGGCGGGGAGGAAAGGGACGAGGGAAGAGGCGCAAGCGCAGCGCAAGGGGGCGCGGGGAAAAAGACGGGGGGGGAGAGGGGAAAAGGGAGGGGGGGAAGCAGAGGGGGAGAGCGGGAGGGGACCGGGCGGGGAGGAAGGAAAGAGGAAGGAAGAAAACGAAAACGCGACAGAACAGCGGCCGGCGGCGCACACGGGGCGGGAGGGGGGGGGGGGGGGACAGGAGCAGCGGCCGCGACGAAGCACCGGGCGGAGGGCGGAGGCGCAACAGAGCGCAGCACGACGCGGCGCGACCGAGCACAACACCCCGCCAGGAACGGAAGGCGGCGACAGACGAGGCCGAGCCCCGACAGCGAACGGAGGGAAAGGCGGACCGGCGGAGCCGGGAGGCACGCGGGAAACGGACAGCAGCGAGCGCCGCGAGCCAAAGGGGCGGCGACGGCGCACCGCACGGGGGGAAGCGCGACGAGGAAAGGCACAGGGGGAGAGCCGCCCGACGCGCGGGGCGCCACAGGGAGCAGAGCCGGGCCGGAGGCGGCGAGGCGGGCGGCGGCCGGAGAGGCGGGCAGGCAGAAGCCCGCGGAGGGGAGCGGCGCACCACCGGCCGCGCGGCCGAGGGCAGGAACCAAAGGGCCGAAACGGCGGGGCCGCGCGGACGGAGCAGGAGGACGAGCGCAACGACAAGCCAGCAGGAGGGGAAAACGAACCGGGCGCACGACGGGCGAAACCCAGCGCACGGGCCCGGGGGAGGGGGAACAAGCCAACGCGGGGCGAAGGGGGCGGCGCAAGGAGAGGAAGAGCCGACAGCGAAGGAGCAAAAAGCAACGGCGCGAGGAACGCGGGGCGGCCACAAGCCAGGGAGCCCGGGGGGAACGGGGCGGGCACCGCGGGCGAAAAACGCGGGAGACGAAAGGAGCGAGAGGCCGGGGCGGGCGCAGGCCCGAGGCGGACGGAACAGCGGGAGCAAGCCAGCGGGGGCCCGGGGGCGCCACGCGAGGGGGCGGGCCGCGCGGAGCGGGCCGGAGGACACCGGCGGGAGGCGGGGACAGAGGGACCGCCCCAGGGCAAACGACCCGCCGGGCAGGGGCCGCGAACCGGAGCACGCGGGAGGGGGACGGCGACGAGCGGGGCCGCCACGGCGCCACGCGGCACGCGGGGAACGAAACACCGGGCGCCCGCCGAGGAACAGCGACCGCGCACCGCGGCCGCCCAACCGAGGAAGGAAGGAAACAAGGAAAGGAGGGGGGGGGCAGCGACGAGCGCGCGAACGAGCGCCCACGGAGGCGACACCCGCGCAGGGCGCCGGACAAGGCCAGACGAGAGGCAAGCGCAACAGGGGCGGCGGGCCCCCGGAGGCGCCCAAGCCCGGGCCCGGGGCGGGGGGGGGCGCGAGAGAGGAGAGAGGGACAGGGGGAAGCGCGGGAAGCCAGGCAGGCGCGGCACGAAGGAGAGGACGAGGCAGGGGGCGACCGGAAGAGAGGCAGAGGGACGCCCGCCGGGACCCGCGCGGGCGGAAGGGCGGCACGGGGACAGGCAGAGCACGGGGCAGAAAGCACAGGGCGGCAACACCCGCGAGGGCCAGCGCAAGGCGGGGGGGAAGGAGACAGGCGGAGGCCCCGGGGCCGGGCCAGGGCGGAGCGGACCGGGAACGGCGGGCGGACAGAACCGCGGCCGAGCGCGCACGAGGCGAGACCGACACGGCCUGACGGCGAGGAAGAGCCGCGGAAG